AUGGAGGAGCCAUCUCGGGAAGUUACGCGACUGGACGCGUCCAGGGAGGCGUUACAGUUUCUGGCUAGCAUUGGUGUGAAGGAACUCGAGCAGUGCCUGUUUGCAGACUCUUUAGUGACGGUCUCAGAUACUGGAAGAGAGCUGGGAGAGUUUAGUAUAACUGUCCAAAAAGUGACUUAUGACAAUGAGCCGUGCUACCACGUUCAUGCUAACAGCCAUGGCACCAUCGACAACAUACCCUGUGGAACCUCCAUCACAGCUUACAUAUCAAGGACACUUGAGACAUUAGAACAGAACCAUCAUGAAUAUGUUACGCUUCAGGACCAUCGUUUGGACAGGAAGUCUCACAUGGUCCAACAGGGUGAUAAGCUGCUGGUGAAUAAGGUCAUCACAGAAAGAGAGGAGGUGAAGAGACAAACUUUCACAUUUCCAUUAAGUUCUCUGGAGGGGUUUGUAUCAGAGGCAUCCAACCUUCUUAUCCUGCGAAUUCUGGCUCAGAGGAAGAGGAUCCCAGAGAACAUGGUGUUCCUCGCCUUGGAUGUUGAGACUCGGAUCUCGGUCUCUUCCUAUAAGGAGCUGGGGAUGAAGCAGCAGAUGCUGGGGCAGGAGUCUGUGGAGGUAUUUGGGAUUGAGAGGACGGUGGCAUCCGCUGAAGACGUCCCUGCCACAUGGCGCUGCUGCUUCCUCUCAGACGGACAUCUCGCCAGCAGAGUACAGGUUGGAUCCCCUGUGACAAUGAGGCUUAUUCAGCUGCCGUCUGUGAUCAGAGGAGAUGACAAGGAUGACAAACCUGUGUUUGAGAAGAAGCCCCUGGUCUGGGAAGAGGAUAUGCAGCUGUGUUCUAAAUUCCUUGACAGAAAGGAGGAGCUGGAAGCCGACCACGCCUCAUACAUCAGACACCAUCCAGAGCUCAAAGCCCUGAUGGCCGAUUUCCUGCAGUUCCUGUUGCUCAGAAAACCUGACGACGUCUUCUCCUUUGCUGCAGACUACUUUGCAGCUUUCUCUUCACGGAGGAAUCCAGGAAGCAGCAUCCAGUCUUCCAGUGUGAUCCAAACACCUGAAACCCUGAGAAACCAAGACUCAUAAUGCACAUAUGAAUAGGCAUAUCAUUCGCUGUAGUGUGUGUGUG